ACCAUCAUUAAAAGCAGAAUACUUCCAUGUUAAAUUAAGAGUGUAUACAUUAAUUGUCAUAAUCUCAUUUUUAUAAAAUGGGAGGGAAAGCAAAACAAAGCCAAAGAACCAAAAAUAAUGUUAGACCUUCCAGUAGUGGUCGCAGUGCAGAAUUGCUCAACAAUGUGAUAAAAACUGACAAUGUGUUUGGAAGCCUCAGCCCCGGGAAAGGCCUUACUGGCCUGUUCCCCACUAUGGCUGCCGGACCUCUUGAUCAGCUUGCGUCUAAUGAAUAUACAUUGGCUUUCAAGAAAUUGAACAAAAAGGACCCUAUAACACGGACCAAGGCAUUACACGAACUACUAGAGUUGGUAAAAAACAGUGACAUAGAGGAUGUAGUGGCCGCGCUGCCGAACUGGGCGCACUUCUACCUAAUGCUCACCAUUGAUAGUGAGAGGAAGGUUCGGGAGGCUACACAAGCGUGUCACGGGCUAAUCCUAUCGCGGUGCGGUCGUCGCGCGGGCCCGCACGUGCGGCGCCUGCUGCCCGCGUGGUUGCUCGCUCAGCACGACGAGUACGCGCCCGCGCAGGCACUCGCCAACCAACACUUGCACGCUACAUUUCCCGACCACAAAUUAGGCGAUGCAAUAACAUUUUGUAAAUCAGAAAUAAUGUCUCUUAUAACUGACAACCUCACAGGGAAUGCGGAAGCUAUAUUGAAUAAAAAAAUAGACGACCCAGAAGAGAGAAAGCUGCAAGUAUCACGUGUGAUAUCUAGUAGUCUUCGCGCUUUGGACAUGUUCGUAUCCCGUCUGGCUCCAGAACAUGAUGAGUGGCUGCUGGAACAACUGCAAGCGCUAUUCAGUAAUAGCUUCUGGAAGAUCGCUAACCAUGAGUCACAUCAUGUGAGAGCGGCAUGGUUCACCGCGCUGGGUCGGCUCGUGGACCGCUUGGGCAGUGCGCUGGGCCCCGCGCUGGGCCCACUGGCCCGCGCGCUGCUCGCCGCACCGGACGCUAGGGCCAGAGCCGCGGCCCCGCGCUGGGCCGCGCUGCUGCUGCUGCUGUACAAAGUGCCCGAUUGGCACGUCUGGCUCAAGAAUAAGGAUCUUCUUGUGAAGAGACUUAUUGAUACUUUAGAAAAUGGUGGGUGUGGUGACGCGAGUCUGCUCAGCAAUGUGCUGCUGCCGCUGCUGUCCAAGUUGCCCGAUGAACUGCUCACCAAACAGUUCUAUCUCACUUUCUUUAAUGCCUUCUUUACUGGAUUACAAAUAAAAACAAUACUGAACUCAAAAAGCGAACGUCAAUCAUGGAUAACGAACUUAGCAGAAUGCUUGCGUUACCUCUCGAUACAAAAACACGACUUUGUCAUAGAAAUAGUAUCACAUGUACACAGGACGUGGCUUGAGAAGAUAUUCGCCAUUCCAGACGAUACAACCAGAGAUCACUUGAUCAAAAUAUCCGCGCAAAAAAUGGCGGCCAUGGUCAAAUAUUGGAUCAAACAGACGGCAGAAUCCACGGACGAUGUGUACGACAAAUUGGUCAGAAACUUCUGGCAAAACUUUGGUGUUAUUGUUGUCACUCAAAUAGAAAACGUCCCAGUAGAGGACGAAGACAUUUCAAAACUUAUACACACGCAUACGUUAUUAUUCAAGGCGUUAAAAGCAAAGAGCGAAGCCAAAAAGUCCAUACGCUUCGAAGGUGACGUCACAAAUGAGACUGAACCAAUUGAAGAAGCGGUAGAAUAUGAAAAGAACGUUCUAGAAGCAUUCGAACACAGCUUGAAUGAAUGUGUUAGCAAGGCGUGUAGUGCAUACUUCGAAUACGCUGACAAAAAGCAAAUGUCGAGAUCUGUAUUCCCGCCUUUAUUGAGCAUUAUUAUCAGCUUUGAAAGUGAAAGUUUAUUCUUGGGAAUAGCGAGAAGUUACAACACAAAUACGUUGUAUUUGUUCUAUGAUAAGGUGUUAAGGGGUUGGUUGGCGAGUGACACUAUGAGGUGUAAAGCGCUUGCGGAGAUCGUUUUCAUGAUAUCGAAGUACUUAAAUGACGAAGAAUUAGAGGCCAUGUACAAUUCGUUUCAACACCUGUCCCCGGUAGCGGUGGAGUGGUGUAUAUCGCUGUCCCUCUCGCUCGCACACCGCACACGUACUGCGGGAGCGAGAUGGCUGCGCGGGGACGUGGUGCAGCAAGCGUUGGUCGCGCUGUGCAAGCGAGGCGAUGAUGAAGCUAAUAGAUUGUUGCUAACUUGUUUAGCGCAAGAUACUGGAGGCUCCACGAUCCCCCCCCACACGACACGAGCCAUCGUAUCGCACGUAUCGCUCACACUAUCUCACACAAGUGGCAGUGAGCUAGCGACUAGAGCACAGUUCGGAGCUGCGCUGUGCCGAGCGCUAGGGGCCAGUACACACGCACAUGAUCUCUUGGUUACGCUGUUCCUGCUCAACUUGACUCUGUUGCCAAAAGAGCCAGAUACCGAAGAAGGCGAGGAAGAAACUGACGAGACUAUUCCACUAGCUUCUAUUAGCGCGAGUAGCUGGCGCGAGUUACUGCACGCCUGGCACCAAGCCGUGUGUGCACUAGCGCCAGUAGAUAGACUGCCGCUGGUGGACCGAGCUGUGAAGGAGAUACAGGGCAAGCUGAGGGAUAACCACGACGCGCUUGACAUACCAAUUAUAGAACACAUAGUAUCUAUAUGCCCUUACCUCGUAGACUUCGAUAAUGUGACCAUAGACAAUUCUGAACUCAUACAGAUAACAAAACAAUUACUAAACAUAGACAUUACACACUCAGAGACUGCAGUAUUAGUCUAUGCUCUGAGGAAAGACAUUGUCUAUGGCAAAUUGACCUGUCCAAUAGACGAUGGACACAUUAUGAAGAAAGUUCUAGAAAUCGCUAACACUAAUUCCACGAAGGAUUUAGCGACAAGCGACGUUGUUGCUUAUGUGAAUAAGGUCGUUUUUCGCGCAGCGUUUUUGAAGGAAAUUGUAACGAGGAGUAAGGAGCUUGAUGGCAGUUUGUUUGACGAUGAGUUCUUUAGGUUGUUGUUUGUUGAUGUUCUGUACGAUUUCACGGUUGUCAGCUCACUGUGUGAAGUGUACGCUUUUGUAAGUAUAUUCAUUAUAAAUAAGUUGUUGGGUAUUAUUUUAACAAUUAACUCGACAGUAGAACAACUUGAAUAUUAUCAUAAAGUGCGAAGUUCUAACAAAUUUUAUUUGGAUACACUCCAUUUGUAA